AUGGGCGGGUCUUCGGCGUCCUCGUCCUCCUCCUUGGCGCUGUGGGUGGCGCUGCCCACGGCCGCGGCCGCCGCCGUGCUCGCGUACCUUCUGAUCCCCGACGAGCGGCAGCGCGCGAUCCGGCGGCUACCGGCGCCGGCCUCGACGCUGCCCGUGCUGGGCAACACGCUGGACAUGAUGAGCCUGGAGCAGCCGCGCCUGCACGACUGGAUUGCCGAGCAGUGCAAGGCCUUCGGCGGGCGCACGUGGCGCCUGCAGGUCGUGGGCGCGCCGCCGCUCGUGGUCGUGAGCAGCGUCGAGGGCUUCGAGGACGUGCUCAAGACGCAGUUCGAGGUCUUCGACAAGGGCGACCGCAUGAACACCAUCUUCCGCGACAUCGCGGGCGGCGGCAUCGUGGCCGUGGACGGCCCGCAGUGGGUCGCGCAGCGCAAGAUGCUGAGCCGCCUCUUCACCAUGCGCGCGUUCCGCGACACCAUCAGCCAGUGCGUGCACGACUACACGCUCGUGCUGGGGCGCAUGCUGGGCGACGCGGCGCGCACGGGCGUGCCCAUCGACUUCGCGGACGUCAUGCACCGCUUCUCGUUCGACGUGUUCACGGACAUCGCGUUCGGGCUGCAGGGCAACUCGCUCGAGGGCGGCGAGCACACGCAGUUCAUGGAGGCCAUGGGCAAGAUCGUGCACAACAUCGAGAUGCGCUUCCACUCGCCCGACUGGCUCUGGAAGCUCAAGCGCGCGCUCAAGCUCGGCAGCGAGAAGGAGCUGGCCCAGGAGGUGGCCAUCCUGGACAAGAUGGUCUUCACCAUCAUCAACAAGAACAUGGAGCGCAAGUUCAACCCCGACGCGGCCGCGGCCGAGUGGCCCCCGCGGCCGCAGCGCAGCACCAAGGACGUCGUAUCGCUGUUUCUGGACGCGCACGACGAGCAGAAGGCGGCGGGCGAAGACGGAGGCGACACGCCGCUGGACGCCAACUUCCUCAGGGACAUCGCCGUCGUGGUGCUGCUGGCCGGCAAGGACACGACGGCCUGGUCCAUGUCGUGGCUGAUCAUCAUGCUCAACCGCAACCCGAAGGUCGAGACGAAGCUGCGCCAGGAGCUGCGCGAGAAGCUGCCCAAGUUGUUCAGCGACCCGAGCUACGUGCCGACCAUGGAUGACGUGGAAGGUCUCGUGUAUCUGGAAGCCGUGCUGCGCGAAAACCUGCGCCUGAACCCGCUGGUGCCUCUCAACGCCAAGGAAGCAAACCGAGACACGACGCUCGUGGACGGCACGUUCGUCAAGAAGGGCACGCGAGUGUACAUUCCGUCGUACACGUUGGGCCGCAUGAAGAGCGUCUGGGGUCGAGACGCAUCCAAGUUCAAGCCGGAGCGGUGGCUCAUGCAGGAUCCGUGGACUGGCGAGCAAACCAUCCGGCCGGUGUCGGCCUUCCAGUUUGUAUCUUUCCACGCCGGGCCGCGCACGUGUCUGGGCAUGCGGUUCGCCAUGUUAGAGAUGAAGACUGUCCUGGCCUACAUGCUCAGCAAAUACCACUUCACAACGCGCGAGAACCCCAAGAGCUACACGUACGACGUAGCGUCGCUGCUGCAGGUCAAGGGCCCGCUCAUUUGUAAAGUACAGCGAGCCGGCUAGACUUCGAAGUUGCGUCUAUAGCGUUAGGUCUGGCCGUAGAACCAUCGUGCAUGCAUCUCUUCUCCAUUAAUCUAAUCGAAUAC